AUGGUGAAAUUCAGCAACAGGGACAAUUCGACUGAGGAGGAGAUGUCUGUGGCCGACUACUUCAAGAAACAGUAUUUUGAGCUGAAGCACCCCCAUCUUCCACUGGUGGAAAUCAGAGUCAGAGACCAGCAGCUCUACUUCCCAAUUGAGGUGCUUGAGGUGGCACCGAUGCAGCGAUACUCGCCAAAGCUGAACGAGGCAAUGACUGCCUCGAUGAUCAAAAUAGCGGCCAAGAAGCCAGAUGACCGAUUCAGAAUCAUCCAGCAGAAGGCAGAGGAGCUGCGAGUCUUCAGCAACGAGCUGCUCUCCUCCUUCGGAGUCGCCUUCGACAACAAGUUCACAAACUGCAAGGGGAUGAUUCUGCCUCCACCAGUGGUGAAGUAUUCGAACACGACUGUUCAGGUUUCAGGUGGAUCGUGGAACCUGAGGGACGUGGCUGCCCUGAGACCAGUUGAAAUUGGAAAGUGGAAGGUGUUCUAUUUCAGGGGGCGAGAUCGCCUACGAAAUGACGUGUUGGACAAGUUCAUCGAGGUGGCAACCAGGUACGGAAUCAGGUUUCCAAGGGAGCACCCUGUUCAGGAGCAGAUUUCAGUCGUGGACGAGUUCUUUGCUUCCGAGAAGGAGGAGUUCAACAUGGUCGUCCUCCCUGACAAGUCGGCCAUGCGCUACGAGGAGAUCAAGAGAGUGGCCGAGACGUACACGGGCCACGUCACCCAGUGCGUCCUGGGGGCAAAUGCAUCGUCGAAGAUGGCCAAUCCAAAUUUCAUAGGAAACAUCCUCCUGAAAAUAAACGCAAAAAUGGGUGGUGAGAACCACUCCCUUUCUGAGGGCAUCUUCUCCGAUAAGGCCACGAUGCUCAUUGGUCUCAAUGUCCAGCAUCCUGGUGUCACAGACGUAGACUCCCCUACGGUGGUAGCAGCAGUAGGCAGCAUCGACUACGACUUCGUCAACUACAAGACAGUCAUUGGGACGCAGAAGAGGAGGACUGAGAUAGUGGCAUCGUUGAAGGAGACAGUGACGUCAUUGCUCAGGGCGCAUUUCACGGCCACGAAGAAGAAGCCAGAGCGAAUUGUCUUCUUCAGGGACGGCCUCGGAGACUCCGCCUUUGAGGCCGUCUUCACCCAGGAAAUCAGUGCAAUGAAGGAGGCACUUGCAGCAAUGGAAAAAAACUACCAUCCGGAAUUGAACUUCAUCGUGGCGCAGAAGAGGCAUUCAGUCAGGUUUGCUGGUGAACAGGACAUGGGGAAUCUGGCACCAGGGACACUCGUAGGCGGAAUGGGAAACGAGGCUCCAAUCGACUUCUUCCUCGUCAGUGCCCAUGCUCUCCAGGGCACAGCAAGGCCAACUCGCUACAAGGUGCUUCUCAACGAGAGUGGAUUCACCCAGGAGGCACUUCACACCAGCAUCUUCUCCUUGUGCCACCUCUAUGCCAGGGCAACCAAGAGCGUAUCGGUGGUGCCACCAAUUUACUACGCCAAUUUGGCAGCAGUCAGGGGAAAGGCCUACUUUGAGAGAAACGAGGGUGACGUAGUGGAGAUGAGGGAUGUGAUCAGGAAGAUUAGCAGUAACCUAUUUUACUUGUAA